AUUAGAUGAUAACCCUUAACAAUCAAUUUCAUCUUUUGCUUCAUAUUUCUUCACUACCCAUCAAUGCUUAAGAAGCUCAACAGAAUCACUAGGCUCAAUCUUGGGCAUUCUAUCACCGUCACCGCAGCAUUUAAACGAUACUCAACCCUUCCCUUAAACCCUUACGCAAACCCCACAGAGCCCUUAACAAAACCCCAGCUCAAGAUCCUGGUUCUCUCCCAAUACUCUCAUGUGAACUUCUCCAACCUUGUCCACAAUGUCAUUGCUUUGCCCUCUGUCCUCCUCACUGCGUGCCAAAACCUCACCAGCCCUGGCAACACAACGCCAGAGACAACUCAGGAUAGAGGUGAGCCUCUGGUCCUGCCCAAUUUGAAAUUGAAGGUCUUGAUUGAAGCUAUGAGGAUGGUAUUGGAAAUUGUCUAUGAUGAACGGUUUGUCACAUUUUCUUACGGUGGCUGUGUUGGUAUGGGAAGGCAUACUGCAAUUAGGUACCUUAAAAACUCUGUACAAAAUCUAAGUUGGUGGUUUAGUGUUUCGUUUAACCGUGAGAACUUUCAGAAGUGUAACAUAGAUAAAUUGUGUUUGUUUAUUGAGGAGAAAAUUAAGGAUAUUAUGUUGAUUGGUAUGCUCAAGAGGUUGUUUGAAUGUGAAGUAGUGAGCAUUGAACUGGUUUGGAUAAAGAGAUCCAGGAUAUGCGCCUUCAAAAUGAAUCAGAAUGAUCCCAAACUUGAUUUGAAUGAGCUUGUUUCCGCCUCAAAUGUCUUUUAUAAGCCGGAAAAGAUAUAUGCUGUAAGGUACUUGGAUGAAUUAUUGCUGUCCAUAGUGGCUGUUUCAGAGAAAAUUAACUUCUUAGGGAUGGAACUGCAAGCUGUUUCACCUUCAGUUUUGCAUCCCCCUAUGUCAGAGAAAGCAAUUAGAGCAAAGAAGAAGUGUCUCAGACAGAAGGAAGUUAGAGCUUUGGAAUUGAGAAAUGCCUGGGAGGGGAAUCGGAGGAAAUUAGAUAUCAGUGCCUUAUCCAACAAAGCAGAGGAUAAUGGAGAAAUGCCAUACAUGAAAAUGGAGUUUCGUUUAGUCCUCUUCCUUGUAGCACUGAUUUCAUUUUUAGCUUACUUUGAAGGAUCAACCGCUCUAAAUCGGAGUAGCUUUCCUGAUGGUUUUAUCUUCGGAGCAGGAUCGCGUGCUUACCAGUAUGAAGGGGCGACAAGGGCAGAUGGGAGGCAACCAAGCAUAUGGGAUACUUUUGCGAAGUUGUAUCCAGGUAUCUCUCAACAUAUCUAAAUCUCUUAGUUGUCUUAAAUAGAUGCUGGUGUUUUAGAAUAAAAAAAAAAAAUGAUGUUUGCAUUUGUGAUGAAGAAGAGAGUGGUACUCAAUAUAUCAACAUCUGUUUUGUGUAUUGGAACAUAUUUUAUCAUUCUUAACUGUUUAAUAAUAAUUCCUAUUUGUACGAAAAAAAUAAAAACACCUGUUUUGUUAAUUACAUCGCAAAGACAAGCCCCUCACUCUUUAUUCCCCAGUUUAUGUGGGUUAUGUUAAGUGAUGAUAUCUCGUUUGUUUGUUGUUUGUUUUUUUUCUUUUUUUUCUUUAUCAGCAGUGGUGUUGUCUCGUGUAGGCUCCCAACCAAUUAUUAAAACACCAAAAAUCAGAUCUAGAGAAGAGAAGAAGGACGAAUUGCUACAGAGAACUCAGUUUGAAAUUGUUCUGGUUUUCCUUCUUCUUUUCUUCUUGUGAGGCUUUUGGGUAUAUUGUCUUACAAGGGUUUUGUAUUCUUCUUGGAUUGGGUUAAUCCUUGAAGGGGUUGAGUGAGUUGAGAUUCACUUGUGAGGGUUUAAUCUUGCACCCGCAAGCAAGAGGUUGUUUCGGUUUAAUCUUGCACCCGUAAGCAAGAGAUUU